UUACCGGACCUUUGUCCUCGUCUUCACGUUCUUCUGCUACACCAGCUACCAUCUCUCCCGGAAGCCAAUCAGCGUUGUCAAGAGCGUUUUGUAUCACAAGAACUGCUCAGACGUUGCCCAUGGCAACUCGACCAACACCUCAGACCCUUACUGGUGUGACUGGCCCCCGUUUGACAAAAGCGAUGCAAGCUCCCUUCUUGGUACAUUGGACCUGUGUUACCUCAUUGCAUAUGCUGUGGCUAUGUUUCUCAGCGGUCAUCUAGCCGACAGGAUGAACCUACGACACUACCUCUCCAUCGGUAUGAUCGGCAGUGGUAUUUUCACCAUGGCCUUUGGCUUCGGCUACUUCUUCAACAUUCACAGCUUUAUCUUCUACGCCUGUGUACAGGUGGUUGGCGGUGCAUUCCAGGCCACAGGAUGGCCCAGUGUUGUGGCUUGUGUGGGGAACUGGUUCGGAAAGGGCAAGCGUGGUCUGAUCAUGGGCAUCUGGAACGCACACACGAGCGUGGGAAAUAUCCUGGGAUCUGUGAUUGCGGGCGCCUUUGUGGACAUAGCUUGGGGCUGGUCCUUUGUAGUGCCUGGCAUCAUUAUCAGCUUCAUCGGGAUCCUAGUCUUCUUUUUCAUGGUGCCAAACCCCAGAGAUGUGGAUUGUGCCAAGCCGGACCACUCAGACACAUUGGAACAGGAUCCACAAGAGCAACUCGACGUUGACCAGAGCUCUGUGCAGCAUAAGGAAUCGGAGGCUCUCCUUCCCAGCCGCCGCCACGUGCCCCACAAAGAGAAAGCCAUCUCCAUCUGGAAGGCAUUCAUGAUUCCGGGAGUCCUGGAGUUUUCCCUGUGUCUAUUUUUUGCCAAGCUGGUCUCCUACACCUUCCUCUACUGGCUGCCCAACUACAUCUCAGUCAGCGAGACAUCACUGUCUGCGUCGCAGUCGGCCUACACAUCCACCAUGUUUGAUGUUGGUGGAAUUGUGGGUGGCAUUCUGGCAGGCUACAUCUCUGACCGCUUCCGUUUACGAGGGCUCACCUGUGUUAUCUUCCUCAUCGCUGCAGCCCCUCUGCUGUUUGUUUACCAAGCCUAUGGCAGCAAGGUCCCGUACUACGCCAACUGCUUGCUCCUGGUGGUGUGUGGUGCCUGCGUGAACGGGCCAUACUCCCUGAUCACCACAGCGGUCAGUGCUGACCUGGGCACACACAAGAGUGUCCGAGAGAGUGCCAAAGCCCUGGGGAUGGUGACCGCUAUCAUCGACGGCACGGGCAGCAUCGGAGCUGCCCUGGGCCCAAUGUUGACCGGUGUCAUCUCCAAUAGUGGCUGGCAGAACGUUUUCUACAUGCUCAUCGCAGCCGAUUUUGUCGCAGCUCUGCUGCUGAGUCGCGUAGUGGUCAAGGAGAUCCGUCAGAAGAUCUACGGCUACGAGGAUGACGUGACGAUCAUUGUGCCAAAGAACACCGUGCAGGGAGAUGUGGAGUCACCCAAGCCGUCUAUAUCCCAGUCGCAGCAGAAGUAGUGGCUUCAGAAACAUGCAUAGACACUCACUCUUACACACAGACACUCACUCACUCACUCAGGCACACAUGCGUGCGAACACUUACACACACAUGCACACACACUCUCACCUGUGCACAUAUGCGUGCGCACUCACCCUUAAUGCACAGACACUCACUCACUUAGGCGUACAUGUAUGUGCACACUCACACUCGUGCGCGCUCUAACUUAUGCACAUUCCGUCCCGAUAUAGUAUGCAAUGUGUCUGUCCCCAUGCCAUCUAUACCUCGGUUUCAGCAGUAAUUGUAGUCACACACCACACACACACCACACACAAACACACACACACACACACAGACACACACAGACACACCUCAUCCUGAUUUAAAACAUUGUAUAAAACUUUGUUUUAGCGUGGGUUUACUACUGUGGUAUUAAAGCCUUUAUUCUUGUUUUAUAGAGGGUUUUGAAAAUUGUUUUUUGGGAAGAUUUCCUUUAGUUUUACCAAAGGCUCCCUAUAUUUCUACCUGAAGUAUCCCUUUAUUUCUACUUGAGGUUUCCAUAUACUUUUACCAAAGGUUCUCCUAUAGCUUCUCCAAAAAUUCUACUAUCCCAGCUACUGUUGUUUCCACAAAGACUAUAGCAAGUCGCACAGAAAUAGAAAAAACACACGUUGAAACUGCAAGUGAAAAAAUUUCCUUUGUAGCUGCCAGCAAGACUCAAUCUGAUUCAACUGUCCAUGAAGAAUCGUGUGAAUUUUCUAGGUAAUGAUGUAUAACUGUUUUUUUAAAUUGACCUGGUGGGCUUGCAGAAGCAUUUCUUGGUCACAGUAAUUAUUAUGUGUGGGUGAUUCUUUCCAGUGCUACAGUGUUCCACAAUUUUAAUAAUUUGCUAGCAGCAAAUUUAUUUUUGUCGCUGUAAUGAUUAUGAUCUACGUGUGAUUCUUUUCAGUACUAUUGUGGUCUUCAAUUUCUCUAACAGAAUAUAGACCUGCAUGUUUGCCGACAAUCGUCUGAAAUCUGACGAUCACGACACGACUCGCGAGCCGGCCGAUGCUAUCGCUAGGCCCACCUGUAUUAGUAUUAGUCAAUGUGCAAAAUGCGAGGCCUGGCCAACUGCCAGCGCCCCUUUUUCUCCCAUCGGCUUUGUCGGCACUCCCGUUUUCGUGACGACUGCCGAUGUCGCCGUUUCCAACAUAAUUGUUGGAACCCUAGUAGAAAUACGAAUGCGAAAAAAGGACGACGAUCUAAAUUAUCUACUUUCAGUUUCGUGCUUGAGUGACCGUUUUUAAUUUCGUUUCUUGACUGAUUGUUCAGAUCAUGUGGGUUCAUUCAAGUCCAACUCACUUCUACUAGAUCUAAAUCUAGAUUUAUAGAUCAUUAUUUUCAGACAAUCUGGUUGAGGCUCACAUGCAGGUCAAAGAAUGAUCCUUUUACCCUGACCAACCUUUGUCUAAGAUGCCCCCACCCCUUCCCCUUGCCGAUGAGAAAUGUGGUUAUCUUAGAGAGGUGCUCCUCUUAGAGAGUGUCAUUAUAAUAUGUGUCACUGUGCAGUGGAAUCUGGCGCUCGUCUAUUUUUGGGCACAUGGAGAUAUCGAUAUAGUCUUAAAGCCUGUUGGUUUGCCUUGCUUAUGAUGGAAAAAGUUACCCAUCUAUCUUGAAUAGAAGUUUUGAGGUUGAAGGAGAUGGGGAUCACCUGGUGUUGAAGGAAAAAUUAUCAAGAAAAUGCUCGUCAAAGGUUUGUGACUUACAAAGCUUGAGUGUCGUUUGGAACAGAAAAUAUACCUAUUUUUUUGGUGCCUUUCAGGAAGAUCCAAACCGAAAUUGUUCUUAAAUAGGCAUAAAAGGUGUUGAGCCGCUAGAAAAAAAAAUCACUAAAAGUUGCCAAAUGGGUGGGAAAGUGCUGGUUUAAUUUAUUUCAUUAUUUCGAUGAGCAUCUGAUUUCUCCAAGAUGCGACUCAUUUAGAAAAAAAUGCAUGGGAGAAGGUAGGAAGUGGUCAUUUGUACGUACAAGUGGUUUUCUUGGACAGGUGGUUGUCAGAUCAGGUUCAACUUUAUUCUUGAGGAGGAGCCUAACUAUCUUGAGGUCAGGGCGAUGAUUUUUCAGUUUGAUCCAUAGACACUAAAUAUGCCAGCUAUAUUUCCGACCGACUGUGCUAUAUUUCCAUCUAUCAACGAUUUCACCCCUAAUUUUUUACCAGUGGUAAAAUAACCUUCAGGUAGUUUGAACCUCUGAAGUCCUCAAGUUAAAAUGUAUUAUUGCUGAAGAAAUUUGUACAAGUUUGCUUUUCGUAUAAAAGGUUGUGAUGAUGGCUUUGGUAAAGUUUUAAAUUUUGAUAAUUGGUUAUGGCUUAAAGUUGAAGAGGGUCUCAUUAACCCUUUCGACACGACCCGUUUUGCAUUCUGUGUACAUGAAGUUCAUAUGGAAAAUUGUACAAGUCCGUGAGGUACAUGCGGCGUCAAUGGGGUAAUGAUGGGUGAGACUUUUUUUGUUCUUGUCCCUUGUUUUUGACCUGGUGUCAGAUAUUUGCAAGUUACAAAUUAGAAAAUGUGUUAGCGUGGUAGCAAUUGCAGUGCUUCAAGAAAAACGACACAAAACAAGAUAGAGGAAAAUUGUUUUGAAAAAGAUGAAGAUGAUGAUGAUUAUGAUGAUGACAACGAUUACAUGUAAGUCUUGUUGUCAUCAAACUUCCACAGUCUUCCUAUAAGACUGCUUUCUUAUACUCGGCAUAUGAUAUAUAUAUAUAUAUUCUUGAGAUUUUAUUUUAUUCCUGGGCAUUUUACAAUCAUUUGUACACUGUUCCCUUGAGUCAACAUAUUGAUAUUUUCUUGUGCAAAGAGAGCGGUAGUUGGUGGGCGCUAGUAGUUGUUGACGCUAUAUUUCUGGUCAUUUCUUUGGCAGAGAAAGAACUUGUCCGUUUGUUCAUGUUACUGCACCUGUAAAUGGCGUCUUGCACAAUGUGUGCUUUCCAGAAAGUUGAGAUUGUUUCAGAAUGCUUCCAGGUUUGCUGGGGUUGAAUAUAUAUUUAUAUAUAUUAAAUUGUAACGGGCAUAGAGCUUGCUGUUGAGUGGGAAUUUAUGCUACGCAAAUGCUACUUAUUAUAUCGUUAUUUGCCAUAAACAUGAGUUUAAUUUGGUAUGGAUGAAAUGAAUGUUUUUUUUCUUCAAGCGUCCCUUUGAGUCUGUUAGGAUGACGCUGGCCACUUUGCUCGGGUUGUCUUUGACUUUGACAGAGGGGGGGAGGUGGCCCAGUGAAGACAGAGAGUGGAGGUGGCCCAGUGAAGACAGAGAGUGGGGGUGGCCCAGUGAAGACAGAGAGUGGGGGUGGCCCAGUGAAGACAGAGAGUGGGGGUGGCCCAGUGAAGACAGAGAGUGGGGGUGGCCCAGUGAAUAGGAAAUAUUGACAUGGGGAACUUGAGAGAGACGUCUUGCGGGUGCCCCACCUUUUUGUUUUUCUUAUUUUUGCUUAAUGUUUGUUUUGUGUACUCCCGUUCAUGUCUCUUUUCAUCCCAUAUAAAGAUGGUUCUAUUUUUAUGUUAUGAUUUUGGUACGGAACUUUUUCUCAUUGAAAGCGAUUUUUAAAAAAGUGUUUUGCCAGAGUUUGCAGUGUGCGAACGUUAAGGUCUUUGCAUGGAAUGUGAAAGGUAUGAACUCAAUUCUGAUGUAUGAUUUUAUUAUCUUUGUCUUUGUGCUUUGAAGUGGUGUUCCCCUUUGAUGGUGUAGACUGUAUUGUGGGGAUGUAACACAAGCCCAACCCCCCCCCCAAAAAAAACCCCCCCCAAAAAAAACAACCUAAUGCAUUUCUGUUUUCUGGCAGCUCUAAUGCAGUUGGUUACAAAUUUGCCAAGAAUUAGAAAGUGUUAGAGGUGAUGCUUAAUUUGAUCACUACUCCUUUGAUGAGUGUGCUCAUUUGAUCACUGUACUCCUUUGAUGAGUGUGCUUGUGUGAUCACUGUACUCCUUUGAUGAGUGUGCUUAUUUGAUCACUGUUCUCCUGUACUGUCUGCUCAUUUGGUCGCCUGUAAUCUCCCACCCCCCCCCCUCCGUACAAUGUUUAUAUAUAUAUAUAUUGAUGUCCAAGUCCUCACUGUGUCUGACCCCAAAUGUUGUAUUAUUUUUUUCCGCUGAUUCAGCUCACAGUAUAUUUCAGCCAUCUACAAGAUUUUGUGUCUGAUUUUUGCCAAAGAGCUCAAGAGUUCCGACUUAUUUUUUCAUUGUCAAAUAUUUAUGAAUGGUCUCCCCUUUUCCCCCAGUGUCUGUUGUGUUAGCUUUUGGAAUGCUUACAGAAGACAUGAGUUCAAAUCCCCAGUGGGGGAAGUUUAUUUAUCUAUUGUCUGUGUCUGUCUGCUGGGAUGCUGUAUCGAAGCAAGCAUGGUUGAGGAGAGGACCUACUCCUAAAUGAUCCCAAAUUGUGUUGAUAGGGGAUGUAAAGCUUUAACUGCUGCCAAUCCUCACAAAAUGCUGCCCUUUUUUAGCUAAUUCAACUGACAGUGGUUUCAAGUUGUCUGUCCAUUCUACAUUUUGUGCUUCAUUUUGCCAAAGUGUUGCUACUCACAUGUUUAGUUUUUGUCACUGCACUCUAACUGUACUUCUUUUAUCAGUGUACUUGUUUUUUCUGUGUACUCACUUUACUCAUUUUAUCACUGUACGUAUUUGAUCACUGUACUCAUUUGAUCACUGUACUUUUUUGUCACUGUACUCAUUUUUUCUCUGUACUCACGUUAUCGCUGUGCUCACUGUACUCACCGGUGUCUGCGGUGUAGGGACAGGCACUUCCCCAUCACUCACAGAAGUCCUGAGUUCAAUACCGGUGUGGAGAGAAUUUGAACUCCUGGAUCUUUCUGCUGGGACAUUGUAUUUCUCUCAGCCUGGGCUGAAUCCUGACAUGUAGGGUCAAAGUCUGUCUCCUCAAUGAUCUAAAUUGUGCCAAUGGGGACAUAAAAAAUUAUAAAAAUACCUACUUUAAAAACCCCCUAUGAAAUUCACUGUUCGCAUUUUAUCAGCAUACUCAUUUUUUCCUCUUUUAUAAACUUUUGUAUUUGCUCAACUUUUGUGAGGGACUUAAGGGCAGCCACGCUUGUUGUGGGCCCUCCCUGAGUGCUCCUUAGACUGCUCAAGUCAAACCUUUUUUAAAAAAAAGUUUUUUGAGUAAAGAGAAGCAUGUUAGAAAGCCUUGUCAUUGUUAGACUUGAAGUAUACUGUUGAAAUUGUCGUGGGUGACCAUCCAUUGUCGAGGUGAAAAGUGGUCUUCUUAGACAGGUACACAUCUUGGAUAGUGUCAUUACGAUAUUAGAAAAAAAAUGCAAGAGGUUCAGUGGGAGGGGCUGUUUGCAUUGGUGAUUGUCUUGGACAAGUGGUUGUUACUGCAGGUUUGACUCUAUUUGACCAGUGGCAACUGACAACAGAACCAUUUCCUGUGAUAACAUAAUUAAAUUAGACUAAGGUAGAUAUUUUGAUAUGGGAUGUUCAGUUGUGAAUCCCACAAGCUUCAAAUUUGUGAUGGAAUUUAAGAUUAAUGCAUUUGACUUCCGAAAUAAUAUAAAUUGUGUCAGUCUUGGCAUUAAAUAUUUACCUCAAAUUAUGAUGAUUUGGUUAGAAAAGAUGUUCGAAAUUUUACCGUAAACGCUCACUAGGGUGCAAUUUUUAGCAUAUAUAAUAGAUACUAGAACUUGUAAUUUGUAUUUUUGUUAUUUCCCAUUUUUCCGUUAUUUCAAUUUGUAAAAAAUUUUUAUUUUUUACUAGACUAGAAGAUCAGUAUUAGUCUAAGCAUUUGUUUACUCAUUAACCCCAUAUUAGUUCUAUCUACUGUCUUUCUGUCAGCAAACUCUGCUUCGUAAAAUUUCAGGUAUUUUCACAAAAUCCUACUAGCAUCCCUGAAGUAGAUUUUGUUUAUACCUUUGUCUUUCUGCUGGAAUUUCCUGUCCCUCUCAGCUUGACUUGGCCCUGAUGGGCAGAGUUAGAGCAGCCAGCCUCUUAAAUGAUGUACAUUGUGUAGAUAGGGACAUAGCGCAUUAACAAUCACAGCUUUUGCGCCUUACAAGGGGGUGUUCCAAGUUGGAGUUGAGCUUUAAGGUUUUUAAUGGAGAACUGUAUAAAAAAAAAAGAAUGAGAAAUGCUAUUUAUGUUUUGUGAACUGCUCCGAGAAAACUUUUUUUGGGUUGCUACUUAAGCAAGCUGUGAAUGUAUUUACAUUUAUUGUAAUUACCUUGUCACUGUCCCUGUCCUUCCUUUUGGUGUUGAUGGGGGCGGAGAACAUUGAUAUUUUGCUCCCUCAGAAUUACAAAGUUCUCUCUGCUCAAUACAUAGUUUUGACAAAUUUGACGUAAAAA